AUGCCACGGCGGCCGGUCAAUAUUGCGGCGUCAGUUUCGGAGCCAGGAAACUUUUUUUUUUGAAUAUUUUCUUUUUUUGCAACCAGUUACCUAUUCCACUGGGUUACAAGCAACUUAAGUUAAGUUACGCCACAAAAAGUACACAAGAUUUCAAUUUAUUACCGAAAAACCUGUCUGGACUGCCGUAAUACGACCGGCCGCCUCAAACAGGCGUGAACUAUUGAACUAUUAAAAAUUUGGUUACCGGUAACCGUUUUUUUCUCUUAUGGUUGUUCCAAAUUUUGCGGAAAUGCCUUGAGCACGAAAUUAAUUUUCAGUCUUAUUCAUUUUCUGUGAGAUCUGUCGAUACAGAACGUUUAAGUAAUUAACAUUUUUUCAAUAUUAAAAUGAGUAUUUUCUUUUUGCGAAAUUCGAAAUUAUCUGAUUCUCCAAAUUUUUUAUCCUUUUCAGCCUAUAACGGAAAAUUUAAAUUUUGCAGAAUCAUUUUGAACACGGCACGAACUUCAUAUCGUUUCAUUUUAUACUGUUAGCAAUUUUUUUGUUUAAUUUUUUUAUGGUUGUAAUUUUGUAGAAUGCCGAACAAUGACUAUCGCGUCAAAGGAGGCGGCAUAAAAAUUAAAAAGGAAAUAAAGGAAAUUUGUAAGUUAAAUUCAAAUUCAUUUACUGAAAGUCAAUAAAAAAACAAUUUCAGUUUCAAAUUACAGGUUCAAAUCUGAUAAAUCCAGAAAGAAAAAAGAUCGAUCUAAUGCUCCAAAAGUCGAUCCCGACGCUGUCAAAAAUGGUAUGUUUGCAUUUAAUAUUACAUAUCAUUUCCUUACUGACUCCCCUGUUUUGAACUUUGACCGAUUUUCUAAAAGACAUCUUUAUUAAUAGGUGGCUGGCGGUGUAUGGCCAGCGAAAUUGACUUGAAAGGAGGAAUGAGCGUGGCUAUUGAAUGCGGAAGUGGCAAUCGGUGUUACUUGGCAGCUUUGGAUAACGGGAAAUUCACGGUUGGAGGUCCGCAUCCUGAUGGGGAAGGUCCCAACCCUGAAGAAAUCUUCGCUUUAGUGAAAACUUCAGACGACACGAAAGUCAGGUUAAAGUUGCUUAUUUUAUACUAUUAGACUGUUAUUUUUUGCAGUUUCAAAACAGGAUACGGUAAAUAUAUUGGGGUUGACACUGAUUUCCAGUUGAUAGCCACUGCUGAGGCGAUCGGUGUUCGAGAACAGUUCCAAUUCGUUUUCCAGGAUGUGAGUUCCGGAAAAAAAAAGUUUGACUGCAGUACUAAGCAUUUACUUCAGGGUAAAACCGCUUUACAAGCCAUCGCCAGUCCGCUAUUUAUGAGCUUGGUGCCUAGCAAGGAUGGUUACAUAUAUGUGGCCAGUCGAAAAGCCACCGAAGAUGAGAUGAUAAACGUUUGUAAGAAGAAUUUCAACAUAACAGAGAAUUUUUAGGCGCGCACUGAUAUGGUCGAAGAGGGACCAGUCGACUGGAGAUCCGCCGAAGACAAGAAGAGCGCAAAGGAAUGCGAACUCGCUUAUGUGUAUGUUGCUUUUUUUUUUGAAUAAGUUUUCCAAGCCGAGACUCCGGCUUGAGUCUUUGUUGCUGCGUCAAGAGCGAUUUUUUUUUACCGAGAGUACUGUAUGUAAAAGUCCUCAUUAGGCGUGUGCAGUUUGGGUGUUGCACGUUUCACGUUUCCAUCUCAGAAGAAAAAAGGCAGACCAGCGCGCAGAGAGUGUGUAAAGCGAGGAGAGUACGAGUCUCCGCCGUUUCUCUUCUGAGAUCUCCGUGGUAUGAAAUAAAAGCCAGCGUUUUUUGAACGACGACUUUUCCAAUUUUUUCUUAUCGCUAGGGAACUUUCCGUCGGCGACGUUUCCGACUAAUUCCUUUCCGACUUUUUCCCUUAUAUUUUUUGGUUAAUAAAAGAUUUACUAGGCGCAGACUUGUUCUGCGCCAUUUGGGUUUAGGGUGAAUUUAAAAAAAAAAUGAUCGUUAUGGUAGAAUUUUCUCUAAAUCAAAUAUGUUGUAGAACACGAUUUUUAGGAUUUUUUGAAAAAAAACUGAAUAUCAUCACUCGAGCCGUUUUCGAGAUACGGUAGCUCAAAGGAUUACGGUAGAAUUCUUCGAAAAUCUAUAUCUCGACAAAAAUUAACAUUGUUUUACUUUUUCUUCAUGUUUUAAGCAUGUAUCAACUAUCUAUUUUAUAAAAGAAGUUUCAAAACGAAGAGAUUAUCGAGAAAAAGAAGUCGGCAAAGGGAUCGUCUGAAACUUCGCAGUCGGAAAGCUUCCUAGCGGUAUGAAAAAAAUCGGAAAAAGUCGCCGUUCGAAAAAUUCGCUGGUUUUAUUUCAUACCUUCUCCAUCUAUACUUUUUUUCCAUUUAUAUUUUAAAAUUUUAAAAUUUUUUGUUUUAUAGUACGUCAGAAUAAAUAGUUGAUGAUAUUCGAGUAUUUUCUAUAGUUUCAAUCUAUUAAGAAAAAAAAAGGAGAACAAAACUGGCGAAAACGCGAGGAUAAGACCUCUUAUAAUAUGCAAAGCCACAAAAAAAUAAUGGGUAGAAAAAAAGUUGAUGUUAAUUGUGAGAAAAAGAAAAAAACAAAAAUAGUUUAUGGGUUGAAAAUGGAGAGGAACUAGCCUGCGAGGAAUACAAUACGAGUCUACUUUUUUUAGUUUUUUUUUACAGUCAUUUUGUUAUUCAUAUUAAUGUGGCUAUUGCAUCCGAUCAUAAUUUAAUUUUUGUUUUUUCUCUUUUCUGCGAAGAGUCAGUUCUAGAGGCUUCUUCUUUGUUUUUCUGAAAAAUCACCCUUAAUUUUCAGAAAAAUGUAUCAGCACUCAAAGGUCGACUUGAAAGGAAGGCACAUCUCGAUUGACGUAAACGACAAGAAGUCCGUCAGAAAAGCUCAGCAGCAGGGAAAUGCACAUGAACUUUUAUUGGAUCGUCGAGAAAAGACAAAAUCCGACCGAUAUUGUUGAUCUUUCCUUUAAAUGACUUUUCUGAUUAUAAAACAUUUGUAAAUAAAGAUUUCAAUAUUAGACUGAUUGGAAUUAUUUCAACUUGAUCUAUACAAAUUGAAGCUCAUUUCGAACUGAAAACCCAAGUUUGGAAAGCAGUCGUCCUUGUAGCUGAGUGCUAGAGCCGCUCCGAAAGGCGGAGGAGGAGCGGAAUUUUGCCGCUUUUAUUUCUGGAUCCAGUUUGCGGCCAACAGACUAUAAAUCCGAAAGUUGCGCAACUGCCGCUAACCCAGAUCGCUUGAUGCUGUGCAAAUUUUCCGUUCUGCUAUUACUCCUCUGGUCUGAGGCUUCUCUAGCCGUAAGAUUCAGUCUUUGAGCUCAAUUCAGUGAUUUUCCAGUGUUUGACUAGCGGAGUGUGCGGUUCUUCCUACUGUGCAGCACCGGCGGCGGUGGCCUGCCAGCCGGCUUCUUGUCAGCCAGGAUACUCCUGUGGACAGUACGGAUGCGCUCGCAACCGUGCGAGAAGUGCAUUAACGAAGAAAAUUGUUUUUACUUUUCAAAAGAAGUGACUAAUGGAUUUCUGCAGGACGGCAUCUUCAUCGACGAGCAGACGGCGUCGAACGAGAAGGGAGCUGGUCAGGAACAAAAACACAACAUUUUUGGUUUGCGAAGAGGUGGAAAACCGUCCCUGCCAUCCAGCGCCGAAGUGUACGACAACAAAACGAUGGGCCAGCUUACGGUAACCGCUAGUAAUUAUAAAACCCUUGCGCCAUAUCCAGUCACCACCAAUUCGCACUCUUUAGAACCCUAACUACAUUUUCCGGCAAUGCUGCGAACAACGAGGAUUGCCUGACGCUUGUCUCAGCAAGUGUCACUUCAACACCUACACUAGGGAUUCGGUAAUUGAGCUGUGGCCUGUGAGAGAGAGAGAGUGAAAACAAUUUCAGCUGCAAGCCAUGUACUUCAAGUCUGAUGCAUGUCCACUGGAAGCAGCGGCCGACAUGCAUUUCUGUGCGGCGCAAGGUCGAGAUCACUCCCAGGUAUAACUUGUUUUCCCGCUGCCAUCCACCCGAAUGUUCAGUGUUGCGUGCGUAACGGCGUCACUACUACCUUGGCAGGGGCCAAAUGCUUAACGUUCUGCGAUCAGCGACCUGACAGGUUUUCGGCAUUCAAAUUCAAUUAUUUUCAACAACGUUUACUAUUGGCUCCAGGGAGGUCUCGAAAAACAGUCAGAGAAGCUUACCCACAUCAAGUUAGAAAAAAUAGGGGAUUCUUGCCUUGUGAGAAUUUGUGUCUAAAAGGAAGUAUAUACCGGCCACGAACUAAUGCCGUGUUCAAAGCGAUUCUUCGAAACUCAAAAUAGCCGUCAGAGAAAAGAAAAGACAACUGAACUUUAGAGAGUCAGGGAUAUAUUUGCAUUCUGCGGAAAUUACUUCGAACACGGCUUGAACAAAUUCAACCUGUCUGCGUCUUUCUUCCUUCACGUUUUCCAAGAAUUUAAGAAAAUUUCAUAAAAUAAAAAAAUCAUAUUUGGUAAACAAUGUUCGUAAUGAUGCAGUUCAAAAAAGAGCCAAAUCUGUGGAGUAUACUGCAAGUUUGGACUUGCGUCAGGAAAAACCCCGGUUCACUGUUAAAAAAACCGAAAAAUUUCUUCAUUCUUAUAAAGAGACGCAAUAGAAACAAAAAGGGCGCAACUAAUACCCAGAGAAACAAUCAAAACAGCGAUAAGAGAAUAAGAAAAACAGUUGGCGGAGCGAAAGAAGACCAAAAAACUAUAAACACAAUAAAAGUACUACUUUCAGAGUUACCAAACUCGACUACUCUUAUGUGCCGUGCUACGACAAGUUCGAGAGCAUGAAGCGCUGUUUCUACACCGAAAUCAAGUAUCGAGCAGAACAACAGUUCGGCGCAUUCAAAACUUAA